GUUUUAUGCAAUUUUUUUUCAAAACUUGGAUCUCCACCAUCCGUCGCUCUCUCUCUCUCUCUUGAUUGAUCGGAUCGGUUAGGGUUUUUCAGCUCCUCCCAGACGAAAUCGCUGCGAAUAAGCGAUUACCUUAGACUCACCCCUAGGGUUCUAGGCGCGGAUCUAGCCAAGCUCUUCUCAGCUACGGCGAAGCUUCUCUCAGCUCAACUCCUCCUCCCUCGCAGCAGCCAUGUUCUGGAAGCUCACUUCUCUCUCUGCAUCUUCUCCGGUGGAGACGAUACUAGACAAAGAAAAUUUCACUUUGGAGGAGCUUCUUGACGAGGAAGAGAUUAUUCAAGAAUGCAAGGCUUUGAAUAGCCGCCUCAUAAACUUUCUAAGGGAUAAAGCUCAGGUGGAGCAGUUGUUGCGGUACAUUGUUGAAGAGCCUCCGAAUGAUGCUGAUGAUAGUAAACGUGCUUUCAAGUUUCCAUUCAUCUCGUGUGAAGUAUUUACAUGUGAAAUUGAUGUUAUUCUUAAAACUUUGGUGGAGGAAGAAGAGCUGAUGGACUUGCUUUUUUCCUUUCUGGAACCAAGUCGUCCUCAUAGUGCAUUGCUGGCAGGCUAUUUCAGCAAGGUUGUCAUUUGCCUUAUGGUCAGAAAGACUGCUGCGCUUAUGAAUUAUGUGAAAGGGCAUCAAAGUGUUCUCUGCCAGUUGGUUGAUUUGAUUGGAAUAACAUCCAUCAUGGAGGUUUUGGUUCGCUUGGUUGGGGCGGAUGAUCAAGUCUAUCCCAACUUUCUUGAUGUGAUGCAAUGGCUGGCAGAUAACAAUUUACUUGAAAUGAUCGUGGACAAACUCGACCCAUCUAGUCCUCCGGAGGUUCAGGCAAAUGCAGCAGAAACAUUAUGUGCAAUUUCUCGGAAUGCACCAUCAGCUUUAGCUACACAACUCUCUAGCCCCGGCUUCGUUGCUAGGAUAUUUGGUCAUGCUUUUGAAGACUCACACUCUAAAUCGGGUCUAGUUCAUUCGCUUUCAGUAUGCACCUCUCUGUUGGAUCCGAGAAAAUCAGCUCCGACAUCAUCUAUGUUUAAUUCUUAUAGAGGUCAACAGAUGUUCGAGUCUCCUGUCCCAGUGUCUCAGGAGACUAUUGGUGCCAUGCUGCCUAAACUAAGCGACUUGCUUAUGCUUCUCAAUGUAGCAUCUGACAGCACAGUAUUGCCUACAACAUAUGGUGAACUGAGGCCUCCUCUUGGAAAGCAUCGUCUAAAGAUUGUGGAGUUUAUUGCAGUUUUGUUGAGAACUGGAAGUGAAGCUGCACAGAAGGAGUUAGUUAGUUCAGGAGUAAUCAAAAGAACCAUUGAUCUAUUUUUUGAGUACCCGUUCAAUAACGCUCUGCAUCAUCAAGUGGAGACUAUAAUACUUUCUUGUCUGGAAAACAAGAGCGAUUUGAUGGUUAACCAUAUUCUUCGAGAAUGCAAUAUGAUUGGAAAAUUCCUCGCUUCAGACAGGGACUCGGAUCUCUCAGGUGAUAGCCAGCCUACUGCAGCAGCAACUGGGAAGAAACCCCCUCGAGUCGGAUAUAUUGGACACAUCACAAGAAUAUCAAAUAAAAUUGGUCAGUUGAGUAACAGCAAUGACCAGCUAAAGGCAUACCUUCAGGAAAACAGCGAAUGGAAUGAGUGGCAAGGUAGUGUUCUACAGGAGCGCAACACUGUUGAGAAUGUCUACAGAUGGGGAUGCGGGCGCCCAACCACAAUACAAGAUAGGACAAGAGAUAGCGAUGAGGAAGACAAGGAUUACGAUGUUGCGGCUCUGGCCAAUAAUUUGAGCCAAGCAUUUACGUAUAAAAUGUAUGGAAACGAUGACAAUGAAGAGGAUCACAAUGCUCUCGACAGAGAUGAUGAUGUAAUCCUUGCACAGUUCCUCAUCCCACUUUUGUUCUUUUAUCACACCAUGAUACAUACAGGGAUGUACCUCAAUAACAUUGUUUUUGAAAAUUGGUAUUUGUUCAUACUAACACAGGAUGUGUACUUCGACGAUGAAUCUGCUGAAGUAGUAAUUUCAUCCUUAAGACUCGGAGAUGACCAAGGAAGCAGCUUGUUUACAAAUUCAGAUUGGUUCACAUUCCAAGACAACAGGUUCGGCAGCACGCCCUCCGACGCAGCAGGUUCCAAUACGUUGCAGGACGAGGAACUGAACAGAGCCUUCAAUGCCAACACUAGCAGCAGCGACGACGACGAGGUGGUUGUUGGAGAAGAAGACGAUGAUCUAACCAGGAAUCCAAAGGAUAGCGCAGCUGAAACCAACUAUCAGAUGGAGAGUCCAAUGGGGUUCUUCGACUUCAACACGUUGGAGAAAACCGAAGAAGCUUUAGCAGAACAGCCACCGGAAUGGGUUGGGUGGAGCGAGCCAUCAUCCGAUAUGCAAGUGAGUGGCACUGGUCUGAACCCAUUCCUUGAUGAUGAAGAUGAUGAUGACAGCAAAAACAUGAUGAACCUCGACAUACCAACGCCCGAGGCAAAAACCGAACCUGUGAUUCCAAACGGGUCGUCUUCCCCAACAGAAAAAUCGCUGUUCGAGAAGGAUGUGGAGUUUGUGGGAGUGGAAGCAGAAGGGACAGAGAAAGCAAUGGAGCAAGCGAUGAAAGAAGGGACAGUAGGAGAAGCUGGAGCCAUGAAGAGGAAGAUGGAGACGACGGUUGAGAACCAAAAGGCGGAGGAGGAAAGUUCGGGAGUGAAGGAGUUCAACGAUAACAAUUACUGGAAAGUUGAUCAAGAAGUCGGAGUUAUGGAGUGAGACGAAUAAAUAGAAUGUUAUCUUGUACAUUAAUGAUUUUGUAUGAGAGUGUUUGUGUAAGAAAACUUUUGUUUUUUUAGUUGAAAUUUGGUUUAAGAGACUC